GUACGUUUUAACACAUACAUUUCAUGUUUGAAUAUUCCGACUAGGGCCAGAAGGACUAUGGCCGAUGCCUGCGUCUCUCGCAGUGCUGUGCAACCUCCUCUUCCAGCUCUCCGGACUCGAUGAAGGGUUCUGCCCUCCGAUCCAACAGCCGCUACACGAGCAGCCAGAGUCGGAGAGCCACUGCAAACAGACAGAGUCGCAUCAGGAGGAUGUGGAACGACACCGUUCGCCGGCAGACCGAAUCAUCUUUCAUCGCUGCAGAUGUGAACAACACUCCUACUCUCAACCGAGCUGCUUUGGGAAACCACUUCCUCACUAAUCCAGUGCUGCAGACUCAUGCUGGAGCCUCCCCCUAUGACACGAUGCUGGCCCAGGGAUACAAUCAACCGUUCACCUCCACAGUAGGAACCUUCAGAAACAAGCAGAAGGGUGGCGUGUCCCAAAGCCAGGAGUCCUGUGGGUUGGACAGUGUGUGCCUCAACGGAGGCUACACCCCCAACACCUUCACCCUGCAUGGUCUGGGGACGACACCUGGGUCCCGAGCCGGAGUGGUGGGUAGCACUGACCUCCUGAGAGAGGGAGGAGUCGGUAUCGGAGGGGAGGACAUCUCACCAGCCCUACUCACCCCGCACGGAGCCACAGAUCUGGGCAGUGCUGGAAUGCGCCGGAACCUGUCUGACGCUGCAGCGCUGGAGAAGAUGAUCAUCUCAGAGCUGGUGCAGAGCAACCUAAGGCCCUCUGUCCCCAUGCCGGUUCCUCCCGAGCGCUACGGCAGCCUGGCGAGGCCUCAUCACCAUGAUAGGGCGGCCCUGAUGCACACUGCCACACUGACUCGACACCCACAGCCAGCCCAGGACGGCUGGGCUGCCACCAUGCAGCCAAACACACACCACAAUGCACAAGAUGGCUGGUCACAUACAAGGCACCACACACAAGACGUCGAGACACAUGCCACAACACGCGGGCAAGAUCAUGCUACAACGCCACGCUUACAAGAUGGCUGGUCGCAUGCAUAUACUUCUGGAGAUACUGAGUCCCGUGAGCUGCUUAAAGACGGGGACAGGUCGCAGCUGCAAGGCACUCUGGGACGCCGCGGGCUACAGGACAGGCAGCAAGCACGUCCCCCUGAUGUUCAGGCUCGGCCUUACUCAACACUCAGCCGCACCCCUGGUACUCUGUCCCGCCACCGCGGCACGGUGGAGUCGAGUGUAGGGACAGAAAGAGAGAGAGAAAGGGAGAGAGACUGGGAUCGAUACAGGGACAGGCCCCUUCCGCCUCCUCCUCCCCCUCCCCCACAGGAGUCUGAGCCCCUGUACAAGGCUCUGGAAGAGCCGCUGCUGUCGAAACAGAGGGAGGCAGGUGUGGAGGCGUGGAGAGGUGGCCAGAACAGAGAAAAGGAGGAGACAUUUCACUUAAAAAGGGACGGAUUGAUUGAGGAAUGGAGGGGAGGAGCUGAGCGAGGGAGGGAUGAUUCUUUUACCUCUCAGAAAAGAGACGGAGAGAUUGAUGAAUGGAGAGGUGGAAUGGAAAGAGGGAGGGAUGAACCUCAUCUGUUGGAGAAGCGAGAUGGAAGAUUGGAGGUGUGGCGAGGAGGAGCGGAGGCGGAGAAGGAAGAGACUUUCAUAACCCAGAAGAAAGAUUUCGGGAUUGAGGUAUGGAGAGGUGGGAUGGAGAGAGAGAAGGAAGAAACCUUGUUUUUAAAAGACAGAGAUGGAUGGAGGGCAGGGGUUGAACGAGAGAAUGAGAAACAGAAGGAUAGAGCACUGGACGUGUGGAGAGGAGGGAUGGAUGUAGACAGGGAGGAAUCUUUCCUGUUUGAGAGCAAAGAUGGAGGUUUAGAUGGGAGAAAAAGAGGGAAAGAUAGAGGGUCUCUUCGGUAUCAUGGCGAGCGGGAGGAUUCAGAGAGCUUUGCUCUGCCUUUGACCCCUGAUCUUGACCUUGAUCCUGACUCCUCACCAAUCUACGCCAGAGAUUCAAACCCCUCCCCACUCUACCCGGGGGAACGAAGCUCGCCGCCACUCAGCAUCUUCCCCCGAAGCUCUCCCCCGACAAAUAUUUUCGCUCCACGAGACACCAACUCACCUCCCAACAACCUCUACUCUCGACACUCCCCCCAGGUGUACAGCCGAAGCAGCUCCCCUCCUCGCUUCUACACCCGCACCUCCCCUCCGACACUUUCGUACCCCGACAGCAGCCCUGAAGGUCCGGAGGAGGUCAGCCCUGCCGGCCAGCGGCCCGCCCUGGAAUUGCCCUACAGCCUGGGGCGACCCCCGCUGGGGCCACGGCCCAAUCACCUGCAGACCUUCUACCAGCCGCCGCCGCUGGCAACCAAUGGAGACGCAGCUUACACUGCAGAGCCCACCUCUGAGGGAGACGAUGGACAGAUGCAGCGGGUGACCAGCCUGUGACUAGGGCGGUGGUGAUCGGGGCAUAGAAACCAAGGAGGAGAAGGACGAUGGCGAUAAUAACAACAACAAAUGAUGAUUAUGAUGAUCAAACUGAUGGAAAUGAUGAUGCGUAUGAUGAUGAAGAAGAUGCCAAGGAGGGAUGAAGAAGGUACCGAAGAUGAAAAUGACAGCAAUGGCUCCUCCCUGCUUCUAUCUCCUGAUCACCACGAGAUUCCCCCCUCUCCAUGUUUUGUUACUUUUCUAUGACUGUGAUCCAUUUCUAACUCUUCCUCCUCCUCUUCCUCUCCCGCUCCUCUCCUUCCUGAAACCCUGCUGUGUCUUCCCGUCUCAUCAGUGCUUAUCCUUAUUGGCCCAUAGUCUACGUUUCUAUGGAUUCAUCGGCUGGGUGUCGCCCCCUCCCUGUAGCAAGCAAACAGUGUGUCAAAGAAGCACUAAUGUGUUGCCAAAAAAUCCUUUCAAAGAACAUGUGCAUGACUUUAUAGUGGCUUUACGAGGCUACAUACCAUAGGAGGGAAGUGCUGAAUGCAUAUGUGCGAGUGUGUGUGUGUGUCUUGCUUGAUGAGCAUGCGUGUGUGAAAGGGCACGUGUGUGUGUAUGAGCGUGUGUGUGCGUGUGUGUAUAUAUACAUCAUUCUUGUAUAAUUAAUGUAUCACAGUGAAGCAUUUUAUCAAUAUCAACUGGGGGGCUUCUUACACACAAACCCCUGCUACUGAGUUUGAACUCUUGACCAAUCCCAUUUCACAAUAAGACCAAAACCUCCGCCCCCCUCAAACACCUCCUCCUUCAACCUCCACCUGCCAGGUGAUGGAACUCGUUGCCGUGGAGUUUGUCAUAGCAACAGAACUCUUGACUACGGAGCCAGAGAUCAUAUAAAAACCUCAGAACUUUUCUGCAACCCCCUGAGAUCCUUGUACAUAUCGACCUCAAGUGUUCUGAUUGUCUUGUAUUGCUAUUGAAGUUCAAGUAAACAUGUGAAA